AUGCCUCCUGGCACGACACCUGCUGACAUGUGGAGGGAGGGCAGCUGCUGUGGAUCCAGCAGCUGGAGUCAGCACCGCUCACCUCCCACAACCCUUCCCCUCCCCAAAGCACUUCUCUCCCCUCCGGGCUCCCUUGCAGCUGGAGAGGGAGAAACGCUUGUGGCCACAGGCAGGAGAGGAAGGCAAGCCAUGGGGGGAGGGAGGCUCAGCACCCCUUUUGCUCUGAAACUCCCUUUAUCGAGGCAGACCCACACGGAAAAGAUGGCUCCCCUCCGGUCAAUUCUAGUUAGGCCCAGAGCUUCACAGCCUGGGGUCAGCUUUUGA